CACCUCUUCGCCAUUCCUCCCCGCUCAUUCCUCCUUGAUCCUCUUUCCUUCUCGCUUCUCGCCCUCUGCAGCCACUUCUGCUCAAGUCGAGGGCGCAGGCGAAACGCGCCAGCCAGCCCCACCGCCGCCCACAGCCGCACCGCCCAGAGAUGGCCACCCGCUCGCGCUCCACCGCGCUGCGCGCAGCUGCGGUCUCCGCACUGGCCCUGGCUCUCUUCGGCUGCGGCUCCAGCUUCGUGGCGGCGCCCGCCCAGCGCUCCGCCCCCCAGGCCGGGCAGUCCCUGGCGGUGGCCACCGGCGCGGCGCUUCUCGCCGCGGCGCCCAUGCCGGCUUACGCCGGCGGCAUGUUCGAUUUUGGCCUCACUCUCCCCUUCGUGGCCAUCACGUUCCUGACCAUGAUGGCCACCCUCAACGCCCUCUGGUACGCGCCCGUCGGCGACGAGAUGGAGGACAGGAACGCCAAGCUGCUGGAGACCCUGUCGCAGGCGACGGACAAGCUCACCAAGGCAGACGCGAUCCAGGUGGAGUACACCGAAAAGAUCCGCGAGGCGCGCGAGAAGGCCUCGGCGGCGGUCUCUGACUACCGCAAAGAGAUCGAGAAGGGCAUCAAGGCGAAGCUCGCCGCCGCGACGUCCCAGAGGGCGGCCCAGGCGUCCGCCCUGCAGGCCAAGCUGGAGGCCGAGGUGAAGGCGAAGAUGGACGCCGCCGAGCCAGAGAUCGAGAAGCGCAAGUCGACUUUCGUGAAGGAGACUCUGGCCUCUUGCUCGCUGGCGUGAGGUGAGCUGGCCGCGGUGUUUUUGUUGAGCCAAUUUAAUCCUCCUGAUCCUCUUCCUCCCCCGUGUCCUCAUCCUCUCCCUUUCCUUCUCUUCCUCCUCCUUCCCUUCCUCUGGUCCUCUUGCCAGUCGCUGGCCAAGCUUUCCUCCGUUUCACGCUGCGGCGCAGUCUGACUGUGGUGAUAUGCAGUGCGGACGGAUGGGGUGGUCAUCGUCGCCGUGUGAACAAAUGCAACAGGUUCUCAAUAAGGAGGACUUGUCGGCGACAGUGUCUCCAUGCAUCACCGCUGAAGUUAUCGAAGACGCCUUCGGCGAAUCAUGGUCGCCCCCCGCCUUUUGAAGUAG